ACACAAUUAAAGCAAUCGUAUUAAGCUAAAAUAUAAUAUAUUCUGCCAUGGAAUCUGGACGACUUUUCUUUAAUCCCUCGGCUUCUUCUGCCCAUGGAAACAUGUUGUUUCUUGGCAACUGUGAUUCUGCUUUUCGAGGUCCGAGAUCAAUGCUGAGCAUGGAGGAUACCUCAAGGAAGAGACCCUUUUUCAGCUCGCCGGAGGACUAUUUAGACGAUGAAUACUACGAUGAACAGUUGCCGGAGAAGAAGCGCCGACUCACUGCAGAGCAGGUGACUCUGCUGGAGAAGAGUUUUGAGGAGGAGAACAAGCUGGAGCCGGAGCGAAAGACGCAGUUAGCUAAGAACCUGGGGCUGCAGCCCAGACAGGUGGCGGUGUGGUUCCAAAACCGCCGUGCUCGGUGGAAGACUAAGCAGCUUGAGCGGGACUAUGACCUUCUCAAGGCUUCUUAUGAUUCACUUCUCUCCAAUUAUGACAAUAUUGUCAAGGAAAAUGAAAAGUUCAAAUCUGAGGUUGUUUCUUUGACUGAGAAGCUGCAAGCCAAAGAAGUGACUGGAGUAAUGAUUCCGCCACAAGAAUCGGAGUCUAUUCCGGCGAUCACAGGUAAUGCACCUGCUUUUGAACUUAAUGUGAAGGUCGAGGACCGCCUCAGCUCUGGAACUGCUGGAAGUGCGAUAGUCGAUGAGGACAGUCCGCAGCUUUUGGACAGUGGGGAUUCAUUCUUUCAGAAUGAUAAUUAUGGGGAUGAAUGUGUAAUCCCAGCAGAUGGCAUACUCUCAGAGGAAGAUGACGGCAGUGAUGAUGGAGGGAGUUACUUCUCCGAUGUGUUUGCCGCCGCAGCUGGGCAGCAGGAAGAGCCCUUGGUAUGGUGGAUGUGGUCAUAAGGAGUUUUAUUUUUAUAAUAAUGUAAUGCUACUAUUAUAUUCCAGUUGCUUAUUAAAAGAAUGAAAGAUAAUAGAAAGGUAAACGGACAGUUAGGUGGCUGAGCUGAGAUCUUUGAAAAGGAUUUAAGGCCUAAAUUAAUAAAUAAACUUGAAAUGUUCUAAGUCAAACAUGGCUUGAGCUAACUAUUGUAUCAUUUCUAAAUGAAUUACUAGUGAAUGACGUGAUUGAAGCUUUGUUUA